ACACACACAUGAACGUCUUCGUUGAGUAGGUGCGUGUCAGUUGUGUUGUGACAGUUCAGCGAUUUGAACUUGAAAUUACUAGCAGUGCGUUGGACAAGCUUAUUCCAUUUUUAGUGCAGGAAAUUUUUGCCGACACAAUAUUGAAUGGCCAAUCGUAUUCGGUGCUUCCGUUUCGAAACAUGGACUGGAGCGUUGAAAGGCUCCAUAAAUGGCUCUAUUCUCUGCUCCGUGCUCCCGAUACAUGCAGAGGCACUGUUUAGCCACAUGGCAGGACCGGGUCCCAGGUCCUGUCCGAAUCGAUGCCCUGAAGCACAGAAAGACUGUAUUGGACUACGUGACAUUCAGAAGUCUAGUAAAUCAUUGCAGUAUAACCCGAUGGGUAGUACAACCCAACGAUACAGAAAUACUAAAUCAGUAAGACCAUUACCACUACAGCAGACCACUUCCAUACUAUAUCGCAAACUGCAGUACUUUGCGUAGCCCGAAUCCAGCGUUUUUGUUCCAUUUCAUUCAACCGUUUAGCCUUUUGUGUAUACAUUUAUAUCAUUAUAGUUUUCAAAAUAGACUGCUACGUUUCACGAACUGUGUAUAAUAUAUAAAAGGAACAUAUACAUAUUAUGUACUUAUUGUUUUGCAAUAAACAGACUUUUCCGUUAA